AUGAACGCGAAUUACAAACGACGGGAUGGCCGGCAGGCCUUGGAGAUGCGCGCAAAGGAGCUGCGCGUCUCCGAGCUUACUCAGUUCGACGGCAGCGGUUGGUAUUCGCAGGGGAAGAGCAGUGCACUGGUAGCCCUCCACGGCCCGACGACUGCGAAAACGAUUGAGCAAGACUACACCCGCUGCCGCGUUCGCGUUCGUGUUUUACACGCAGCUUCGGCGCCUUUUAGCGGGGGAAGCGAGCGGGUCAACCAGAUUGAGCGCGGCCGCGUACGGGCCCAUCAGCUUGAUGCUAACGAGCUUGUCGGGAUGGUCGAGCGGGCCCUGGAGGCGGUCUUCAUAGCCGAGCGCUUUCCUUACACGGUCCUUGGCGUGGAUGUGGUAAUUAUGGGGGAGGACGGCGGCCUACUCGCGGUGGUGAUCAACGCUGUGAUGUGCGCGUUAUUGAGCGCGGGGUUACCCUGCCGGACGACGAUGGCCGCGGUCGCGGUCGCCGCGCUGCUGACGAGCGGCGAAGAAGACAAAAAAGAAAAGGGAAGGGACCCGUCAUCCUUGGUGUCGUCGUCGUUGGAGCUUCUGCUGGACCCGACGGCGGAGGAGGAGAGCCUCCGCGCGGACUCAGGGGGGGGUUCCGCGCAGGAGGGUGCACCCACGAGCUCCUGGACUUGCCUUGCGCACGGGACGUUUGUUUUUACAAAUCCAAAAGCUGCGGGCGGGCUUAUUGUGAGCCAUUUAAAAAGGAGGUGCACAGACGCGGCCGCGCUUUCACCGCAGCAACUCACAACAAUGAUGACCCUUGCGGAGCGCGGCGCGAAUAUGUUGUUUGAUUUCUUCCGCCAGUGUAAUGUUCCCUUGGAGUAA